UCUCCCGCGCUGGCCCGGGCUGCCAGUGCAGGUGAAAAGCAGUGGGGAGGGCAGCUAAUCGCAUUGCUCCGUGUGUGGCUCAUGCAGUCACCCAGCAGCAUGGGAGCGCGGGAUGCUCCUGCUUCCGAGGACUCCUUGCCAGUCCCAGCUGCCGGGCCGCGCCGAGAGCAAGAGCCAGCUUCAAAGUUAGCCCUAGAGAAAUAAUCCUAACCCCCCCCCCCGCACCUCCAGCCCCCCGCCCGCGGAUCUGCAGGCAGCUGGUGCUGGCUGGGACUAGGAAGCCUGCACAAUCUGCCCCCCUCGCCUCCCUUCUCUUGACAGCUCCGGCCAGGCUGGUAAUUUAAGGCUCUGCACCAAGCUCCCCCCAGCUGAAAGGAGGGGAAGGAAGGAGCCGAAGAAAGAUGCGGCUCCGCAGCAGGGAGCCCCCGGUAGAAGCCUGGCCGAGGCGAGCCCCAGCCGGGCCGGUGCGCGGGAAGCGGGCUCAGGAGAAGCGAGGAGCAGGGGAGCGGGGGGUUAAUUGGUGAGCGCAGAUCCCCCACCCACCCCCAGCCUCACCCCCACCCACCCCCAGGCGCACGGGAGGCCUUGAUGCGCUGCCAGCGGGACUCGGUCCAGAGCGGGGGGGACGAGGGAGACUCUCCUCUCCCCGCACAAGUUUGGACCUUCCGGGGGGUGGCGAACUCCCUCGUGGAUCUUAAAGGGCACAUGAGAGGGAGCGCGGAGCCCGGCAGCGAUCCGGAGCCCAGGAGCAGCCGCGCACCCGCGCCGGCCGGCCGGGAGGUCCCUUCCCGCACGAAGUCUCCAUUUGGGACCCAGGCAGAUUCUUUCUCCACUCCUGGGCUGUGGAAUCACUCCAUUAGCUAGUCAGCUAUCUAACCAACAACCAGUGUUAACGGGACUUGAUGGAAAGUCUUGUUGGCUUGUUCUUCCCUCGCUUGUGGGACAGCACUUCACAUUUGGCAAUGGGUCAAGAGGACUAAGGGGCAUGUCUACUUCUGCUCAUGCUUCUUAAAGCUGCCAAACCAGGACCAAUGAAGAUGUUCACCAGGCUGCAGGUGCUUGCCCUUGCUUUGCUCUGCAAAGGAGUUUUCCUUUCCCUAAGUGACCAUAACUUUUUAAGAAAGGAAAUUAAGAUAGAAGGAGACUUAGUCUUAGGUGGUUUAUUCCCAAUUAAUGAAAAAGGCACCGGGACGGAAGAAUGUGGGAGAAUCAAUGAAGACCGAGGCAUCCAGCGCUUGGAGGCUAUGUUGUUUGCCAUUGAUGAAAUCAACAGAGACAAUUACUUGCUCCCAGGAAUUAAGCUUGGAGUUCAUAUUUUGGACACAUGUUCAAGGGAUACAUACGCGUUAGAACAGUCUCUGGAGUUUGUCAGGGCAUCUUUGACUAAAGUGGACGAAGCGGAGUAUAUGUGCCCCGAUGGAUCUUAUGCCAUUCAAGAAAACAUUCCGUUACUCAUUGCAGGUGUCAUAGGUGGUUCUUAUAGCAGUGUCUCCAUACAGGUUGCAAAUUUGCUGAGGCUAUUCCAGAUCCCCCAGAUCAGCUAUGCUUCCACCAGUGCCAAGCUGAGUGACAAGUCCCGCUAUGAUUAUUUCGCAAGGACGGUCCCCCCCGACUUCUAUCAAGCAAAAGCAAUGGCUGAGAUCUUACGGUUCUUCAACUGGACCUACGUGUCAACGGUUGCCUCAGAAGGAGACUAUGGAGAGACGGGGAUCGAAGCCUUUGAACAGGAGGCUCGCCUCCGGAACAUCUGCAUUGCCACCUCAGAGAAGGUUGGCAGGUCCAACAUCAGGAAGUCCUAUGACAGCGUGAUCAGAGAGCUGCUCCAGAAACCCAACGCAAGGGUGGUCGUGCUCUUCAUGCGAAGCGAUGACUCUCGGGAGCUCAUUGCUGCCGCUAACCGAUUCAACGUUUCCUUUACAUGGGUCGCCAGUGAUGGGUGGGGGGCCCAGGAGAGCGUUGUCAAGGGCAACGAGCACGUAGCUUAUGGAGCAAUAACCCUGGAACUUGCUUCCCACCCAGUUAAAGAGUUUGACAGGUACUUCCAAAGCCUCAAUCCUUAUAAUAAUCAUCGCAAUCCCUGGUUCAGGGACUUUUGGGAGCAAAAAUUCCAGUGCAGUCUCCAGAACAGAAAGCCGCACAGAAAAGCUUGUGACAAACACUUAAAUAUCAACAGUUCCAAUUACGAGCAGGAAUCCAAGAUCAUGUUUGUGGUGAAUGCUGUGUACGCGAUGGCCCACGCCUUGCACAAAAUGCAACGGACACUGUGCCCCAACACCACCAAACUGUGUGAUGCCAUGAAACUUCUGGAUGGCAAGAAGCUGUAUAAAGAUUACCUACUGAAAGUUAACUUCACAGCUCCAUUUAACCCUCCCAAUGCUGCGGACAGCGUGGUCAAAUUUGACACCUAUGGAGAUGGGCUAGGCCGAUACAACGUGUUCAAUUUCCAGUAUGCCGGAGGCAGAUAUUCCUACCUGAAGGUCGGUCACUGGGCAGAAAUCUUGUCACUGGACGUAGACUCCAUUCACUGGUCCAGAAGCUCUGUCCCCACUUCCCAGUGUAGUGACCCCUGUGCUCCUAAUGAAAUGAAGAACAUGCAACCCGGAGACGUCUGCUGUUGGAUCUGCAUUGCCUGUGAGCCCUUUGAAUACUUGGCUGAUGAAUUUACCUGUGCAGAUUGCGGGUCUGGGCAGUGGCCCACUGCUGACCUAACUGGCUGCUAUGACCUACCAGAAGACUAUGUCAAGUGGGAAGAUGCCUGGGCAAUAGGCCCUGUUACCAUUGCAUGUCUGGGUUUUAUUUGUACCUUCAUGGUCGUGACAGUCUUUAUCAAGCACAACAACACUCCCCUGGUCAAAGCUUCUGGCCGUGAACUGUGUUACAUAUUACUCUUCGGGGUCUUCCUGUCUUACAGCAUGACCUUCUUCUUCAUAGCCAAGCCUUCUCCGGCCAUCUGCACCUUACGCCGUUUGGGGCUGGGAAGUUCUUUUUCAGUUUGCUAUGCUGCCCUCCUGACAAAGACAAACUGCAUAGCCAGAAUAUUUAACGGUGUGAAGAAUGGUGCUCAACGGCCUAAAUUCAUCAGCCCCAGCUCUCAGGUCUUCAUCUGCCUGAGCCUCAUCUUGGUACAGAUCGUGGUGGUGUCUGUGUGGCUCAUAGUAGAGUCUCCGGGCACCAGACGGUAUACUCUUCCUGAGAAAAGGGAGACUGUCAUAUUGAAAUGCAAUGUCAAAGAUUCCAGUAUGUUAAUCUCCUUAACAUACGAUGUAAUCCUUGUAGUCUUAUGCACUGUAUAUGCUUUCAAAACAAGGAAGUGCCCAGAGAACUUCAACGAAGCCAAGUUUAUCGGUUUCACAAUGUACACAACGUGCAUCAUUUGGCUGGCCUUCCUCCCCAUAUUUUAUGUGACAUCUAGUGACUACAGAGUGCAGACCACGACCAUGUGCAUCUCUGUCAGUCUGAGUGGCUUUGUUGUGCUCGGCUGUUUGUUCGCGCCCAAAGUGCACAUCAUCCUCUUCCAGCCACAGAAGAACGUGGUCACUCACAGACUCCAUCUCAACAGGUUCAGCGUCAGUGGGACCGGAACCACUUAUUCCCAGUCAUCUGCUAGUACGUACGUUCCGACAGUCUGCAAUGGACGGGAAGUCCUAGAUUCUACCACCUCAUCUCUGUGAUUGUGACUCGCAGUUCAGUUCUCGAGCUUUUAGACUGUUAGACAAAAUUUGCACAUGUUGUGCACUCCAGAAAAAAAAACAAACAACAAAACUAGUACCUUUUUUAGAAACCGUAUAAUAAAUUAUUUUUGAGGACUGUACAGUAUAUAGUGACGUUCUAGAACUUUUUAGACUGAUUUUAGCGCCUCUGUUAUUAACAGUUCUAAGGGACAUGUAAAUAACCGUGGUUUACAGCGCACAUAUUUCUGCAGUGUUGACUCAGAAGUGGGAGAGUGAUUUGCUGCAAGCACAGUUGCAGUGUUAGGUGACUUUCUUUCCUAUGAAAUUUUUUGUAGCUUCUUGUUGUAAUUAACUUAGACUGCAUUUCUAUGUUAUAUAGAACAGUUACAUUAUGUGUAACAGAUUGUUUUCUCAGCACAAAACAGCAGUAUUAAUGUAAAGAUGCCAAUAAUAAAACUGUAAACAUUU